UCAUUCACACCCCAAGAGGUCGCACACGAUGUUCUUCAGAAGGGCACUCGCUCAGAUUCAACGGCAUCAUCCACUUUCUGCACGACUUCCCUGUACCACCAGACCACCGCGUUCCACAGUGGAACUUCUCAAGGCAGAUACCUCGUAUAACACACCACUCACUUUAACCCAAGCAGUCUCCCUUUCCUCUCUUACUCAAAACUCCCUUGAGGCAGAGACUGGAGCAAGUAUCGGGGUCUCCAAAGAUGGCGGCAUAUUGAACGUCAAAUGGCAAGAAGGGCCAGACGCCAGGUUCCACGGUGUAUGGUUACGUCAUAACUGUCACUGUGACCAAUGCCGAGCCCCGGCGGGACAGAGGAAGAAAAACGUCUUGGAUUAUCCAGAGACGGCAACAAUUUCAGACCUACAUCUCCAUGACGACUAUGUUGCGCUGUCUUGGUAUGAAGAAAAGGGUCACGUGACUCGUGUGCCACUGCAGUUUCUACGUCAGCAUUGCUACUCUAAGGAGGUAUUGGAGAAGCGAGAUAUGGAUUCCAGACCAAAAACCUAUUCACAGGAGGGUAUCCCCCAGAUAUCCCUGAAGGAUGUUCAGAAUUCCCAAGAAGGUUUACUCAGAUGGCUGGAGUACAUCAGCGACUACGGAAUGUGCCUCGUUAAAGACAUCCCCACCAAGCCUGAACAAAUUGCUAAGACGUUCCAGGUUGUGAACGAACCAGACCCUAUCAACAUAGCUUACAGUGUGUCCAGACUAAAUCUUCACAUGGACCUGCUAAACUACGAAUCACCCCCGGGACUCCAGCUUCUACAUUGCCUCAGUUUUGACUCCUGUGUGACGGGAGGCGGGAGUCAUCUGCUGGAUGUCUUCCACGUUGCGGAGAGGUUCCGGGAGAGUCACCCACAGGAGUUCCGGGAUCUGGCCAGGAUCCCAGCUACCUUCCAGAGGAUCCACUUUGAAAGAGAAAAUCCCGUGUACAUGACCUUUCAGAGGCCACAUAUAUUACUGAAUCACAGAGACGAGAUUGCGGCUGUAUUCUGGACACAGCAAAACGAAGGUCCCUUGGCCGUUGCGGAGGAGGACGUGGAAGCUUACUACCGUGCCUAUCGCCUGUUUGCCGCGCAGAUAAGAUUCUCUGACAUGCUGAAAUGUGUCAAGUUGGAACCAGGAGACGCCAUUGUGUUUAACAAUCGGCGCGUUCUUCACGGUCGUGAAGAGUUCACCUUGAAUGGGGGACGGCGGCACUUAGAGGGCUGCUACGUUAACAUUGACGAGUUCAAGAGUCACUAUCGGUGCUUGUCCCACGCGUUGGGUAGGCCUGUAGGGGAACCAGCCCGGAGGGUCGGCAACCAGUGCUGGUUCUGAAAUGGCCCAUCACGUAACAAACACUAGUGGUCGUUUCUGCAUUAUACGGAUACUGAUAUCCUGAUCCAGUGGAUGGGGAAUGACAAUGAUGUGUGAGGAGGUAUUGCUGUUGUGGGUCACCUUUGGAUUACUUACAGCAUGUCACAACACCAGCCACUUAUAAUUGACGGAACUCCAUAUUGUCGGUAUUCUCCAUGCUGGAAAGUCACUUCACUUCCAUAUUUGACAUUCAAAUGAAAUAAACACUAUGGUUUAGUUUUAUUAAACCAAUAUUAACCAGGAAUGAUGAGGUUUAUCAUACUUAUGCAAAGCAGACAUCGGUGUUUUGGGAAUAGAAAUUAUGAAUAAUACAAAAUUAAAGAAUGAGCAAGCUUAUAACAGUG